AUGGCUGAGGUUCUUGGCGUUAUCUCUGGUCUCUAUACAGCAGGACAGGCUCUGCACACUUUUGCGUUGGAGAUUAGACAAUGGAGACGACUAUCUGAACGACUCUUCGAUAUCAAAGAAGGGCUUGAAUUCGCGAAACUCUCUCUGGAUAGCUGGCAACACAAAUACGACAUCCAAGUGCAUCGACCCGAUCUUCACACCAGGAUUCUGUUCGGAAAAGAAGGACAUGAGAGGAUCACAGCCACGAUUGGUACUGUGAAAGUGAUCACCGGAAGUAUCAAGAGCGACAUCAGACGAGUCAGGGGUCUUGCCCUUAAUUUCGAGUCUAGUAGGAGAUAUUACGGAGAACAUCAGCACAUGAGUAACGAAGAUCGGGUUAAGGAAUGCCUCCGCAGGAUACGCCAUAACACCACAUGGUCGCGCAAAUUCGAACUGAGCGUUCUCGGAAAAGCGAACGAUCUUGAAGAACGUCUCAGGCGACUGUACCAAAAGCUCACCAUGCUCGAACGUUUUACCGAUUUUUACCUCGAGCGAGAACACGCGGAGAUCUUCUCGGAAGUUAAGCGACUUCCUGGACGGCGAGUGAUAAUCAAGGUCGGAGACGGAAGAACGGAUACGAUACAGAGCAGGGUUCUCGAUGCCGUUCGUGCCCAGAAAGAUGCUGAGCGAUUACAUCGAUGCAGCGAUUCGAGUCAGAACAAUCGCCUACACAUCGGUUUAUCCAUUCCUCGAAUUCACAAGCGCGACUUCGCGUUCUUACUCAACAUGAAUGGGACGAGCCAUGAGGUCAUCGUCCAUCCUGUGACCCUCAAAACUAUCUACGAGCCAUCUUUGGUCCCGAAAAACCUCGCUACCGCUGUGUCAACUCUUAUGAACAGGACGCAGGACGACUGCUAUAUGAUACCUCCGUUGUCGACGUCAGCAGGUUUCAUCGUCAAGAAUCCACCAACAAACUUGCUCUUUGACUUGCAGUACAAGGAGGCCCUCUCGAGUGUGAUCCGCGACCAGAAUGUGUAUCUCGGCUCACAGACACUUUACUCGCAAGACCAGAAUGCGAUAGCGACAGGUAUCGCCCAAGGCUGUUUUCGUUUGAUAGGAAGCCAAUGGUUGUCAUUCCUCGACUGCUCGAACGUACGCUGGCGGAGAACCAAAGAUGGGAAGUGGGCUAGUAUGCUGACUGCAGCGCCUGGUUCAUCGAGGACAACGCGUACCCUGGACCAAUGCUACAGAGUCAACCGCCAAAGGAGAGAUGGCCGCGAUCUCUCCAAACAUAUCCAGAUUUUCCGCAUCGGACUCGUUCUCGCAGAGAUAGCGCUCAAAGCGCCAUUCUCGUACAUCGAUUUCGACACCGCGACCCACAAGACGAGCCUGUACAUCCACGAUGGCGAAGAGGUCAGCGCCCACGAUGUCGCAUCGCAGGUAGAGCUGAGAAGUAAUAUCCUACUGGGCAAUAUGGUGUUUUUCUGCCUCAACGUACUGCAGGACAACAACGUAAUGGCCGAGAAGAGCAUCGAAGGUAGCUAUUAUCAGGAUGUACUAGGGCCGGCGGAAGAGCUGGAAAGAUUCUUUGGGGCUGAUAGGCGAAGAGGUGGCUUGAGUCCAGGCUCGAGCCCAAUGGGAAGUGGAGCGAACACGCCAAGAUCAGCUGGGAGUUCAUAUGUGUAUUGA